AUGCGACUCCCCGGGAUGUGUGCGCAGGCGCAGAUGGCUGAGCCACGGCAGGGGGUGAGGCUGCUGAGUACUGGGGCGUCUGAAGAGGACCGCAGUGGAUGCUCCGGAUCCCGAGAGCGUCGGAGAGAGCGAAUCCAGAUGGGGCGGCCCGGGAGGAAACCAGGAGGCCGAGCCGGGCCUGGUAAUUUGGGGGGACUCCUCCCUUUUCCAAAAGAGGAACCCAGACGACGAGGUUCAUCUCUCACAAGUCUCAAAGCCAUGUCUAAGGGGUCCCUGUCACUCAAGGAUGUGACCGUGGACUUCACCCAGGACGAGUGGCAGCAGCUGGAUCCUGCUCAGAAGGCGCUCUACAGGGAUGUGAUGUUGGAAAACUAUGGCCACCUCAUCUCCGUGGGAUUUCACAUAACAAAGCCUGAUAUGAUCCGAAAAUUGGAACAAGGAGAAGAGCUAUGGACAGAGAGAAUGUUCCCAAGUCAAAGCUAUCUAGGUGUGCAAGUGCUCUAUCUGCAUGUACACCUGCAUGUACACCUGCAGGCCAGAAGAGGGCAUCAGAUCCCACUAGAGAUGGUUGGGAGCUACCGUGUGCGUGCUGGGAAUUGCACUCAGGACCUCUGGAAGAGCAGCCAGUGCUCUUAACCGCUGAGCCAUCUCAACAGCCCCACGGAACUUUCUCCACUCUUAGUUCUUGACUUUGUAAAAGUCCUGUGAAUGAUAAUAGUCUGAUCUAGUCUCAAAUAGGGAUUUCUUUGUUUUACAUGAAUAACUUCAAGUAGAUGUUUCAGCCCAUUUCUCUCACUAUAAUGGCAUAUUUUAAUUUGUUAGGAAAGCAGCAUGAUUAAAUUAGAUAUUUCACAUAAUAUAGCCAUGUUAAAAUACUAGUUGUUUGGGGCUGGAGACAUGGCUCAGAGGUUAAAAGAAUGUAUUGCUUGUGCAGAGGACCUGAGUUUGAGUCCCAGCACCCAUAUUGUCACUGCUCUAGUUGGCAGUGUGAACCUGGGAGAGUGGAGCCUAAAAAUGAGGUGGACUAACUUCUCAUGUAACAGCCAACUUUAUCCAGGGUACCAGACAGUUCAUACUCUGAGGGCACUCUGAGGGUUAAACCAGGUCAUGUGAACAAAGUUCCCUGGAGUUCACGGGACAGUCACAAGGGCAAGGACACAUUAGUUCACACUGUAUACAGUCAAGAGGACAGCUCAUGCUUGGAAAUAACGUUCUGAAUAAUGGUGAGUAAAAUGAUGGGUAAUCUGAAGUAAACCACUCCUAUUUACUACACCUGGGAGGGGCAUGAAAGCAGAUUCCAAGAACAACCCACGUUAUGGAGGAACAGAGGUUACAAGACUCUUGUCUUGUUUUCUUGCAAGCACUCAGAAAUCUCACACAGCUUCAUCCAUGGACCGUGUUCUGACACCUGUACCUCCAGUUCCAGGGGAUCUGAUGCCUCUGACUUCCUUGAUCACUUGCAUUCAUGUGUGCAUAACACACACACACAGGGUUGGGGGGUGGGGCUUUGAGAAUAUUUAAAAUAAAUAGCAGGACCUAGGCAGUGGCGGUGCACACCUUUGAUCCCAGUACUCGGGAGGCAGAAGCAGGCGGAUCUCUGUGAGUUCGAGGCCAGUCUGGUCUAUAGAGUGAGUUCCAGGACAGACAGGACUGUUACACAGAGAAACCCUGUCUCAAAAAACAAAACAAAACAAUAACAAUAAUAAUAAUAAUAAUAAACAAGUAUUUGAAAUAUUUCUUAAGUGGGCAAUAAUUUUAUUCUAACUUCAGGAAAUACUUCUCUGAAUUUAUUUUCCAAUUUUAUUCCAGUUUCAGAACAAUUAGACUUUGUGGAUAACAGCAUGUCCCUGGAGGUGUUUGAGGUUCUUAGGGAGAAAAUAUAACUCCACUUACUAAUAUGAACAAAUUUUCAGUUUCUUAGAAGUACAGAUAAGUGGAAUUGUACUUGUGUAAGUUUUACACUCUAAAUAAUAUGUGAGCUUCACUCCUGCUGUCAUUUUGUACUGCAGUUUACCCCCACCUCUACCUUAAAAAAACCCUAGGUACAUAGGGAAACCCUGUCUCAACACAACAAAACAAAAACCACGAACUACCCUUGCUGGGCCCACCUUAUCUGUAUGAAUCUCCCCCUUCCAAAGCCCCCUCUCACCGCCAUCUAUCUUUGCUGUUAUACUUGUUUAUCCUUGCAUGUGUUAUACUUGUUUAUCCUUGCAUGUGUUAUACUUGUUUUUCCUUGCAUGUGUUAUACUUGUUUAUCCUUGCAUGUGUUAUACUUGUUUAUCCUUGCAUGUGUUAUACUUGUUUAUCCUUGCAUGUGUUAUACUUUUCCUAUGCAGCUUAUAUUUGCAGGAAAAAAAUGCAACUUUGUUUUAAAGGUUUUUUCCUCCUUCAGUGGCUUACCAGGACUGUGUUUGUUGUGUAGGUUUCCCACCCUAGGAGAUAACUAAGGGGCAAGAAUAUAGAUCAGUUGGUAGAACACUUGCCUACCAUGCUGGAAGCCCUGACUUGAAUCCCCAGUACUACACAAGUGGGGAGUGCUGACGACACAUGUCUUUAAUCUUAGCAGUGGUGUGUGUGUGUGUGUGUGUGUGUGUGUGUGUGUGUGUGUGUGUGUGUGUGUGUGAAGAGAAGGAUCAGAAAUUGAAGUCACCAACCUUUGGCUACAUAGCAACUUCAAGAUCAACAUCUACAUAAGACCUUGUCUCAAAAAUAAAAGAUUUAUUCUAUUCAUUUUGUAAACCAUAAUAACAAGACAUCAUGGUGUGUGUGUGUGUGUGUGUGUGUGUGUGUGUGUGUGUGUGUGUAUUUUAAGAAUUGCUAAUUAAUUAUAUUCUU